CAGUCGCGGAGACAGCAGAGAUGGCUUUUAAACUAUCAGCAAAGCCAGUUGAUGUGUUCAAGCUCUCUACAGAUCGUGGGAAGGCGAGUCUACAGCCUCAAAAAAGGCGUCAACAACAACAACAGUCAAAGUGCCUGUGCUGCGGCAAGACAGGACAUUGGAAGGAUCAGUGCACCUUGCGUUUUAAGUACUGUUCGGAAUGUGGCAGGAAGGGACACAUAUUUAGGCUAUGCCCCCUAAAGAAACCAAGCCUAAAAACGGUGGUUUGCUCUGAAGAAAAAGAAGAAGAUGUUUGUGAAACGAAUAAUCUAGAAGACAUGUACCAAACACUUAAUUUGGGAUGAAAAACAAUAGAAGAAGUAAAUUCAAGAUUAAAAUCUGUAUUGCAACGCUUCACAGAGGCAGAGUUAAAAUUAAAAAUAUCAAAGUGCAAGUUUUUUGAAGAACACCUAACAGUAUUUGGAUAUCAUGUGUCAGGUGAAGGGAUCAGCGUAAUUAAAGAAAAUAUAGAGCCUUUAUUGAAAGCACCCCAACCCGAAAAUAUAAAAAUGUUACGUUCCUUUUUAGGAAAAGUAAAUUAUUAUAAUAGAUUUUUAAAAGAUAUGGCCACAAUACUACAGCCUUUGUAUAAUUGCCUUAGGAAUGAAAACUUUUGUUGGACCCCUGAAUGUAAUAACGCCUUCUUAAAAAUAAAAGGAGCUUUAACAAAAACAGCCACUUUAUCUCAUUACAGCAAUGAACUGCCGAUAAUUUUAAGCUGUGAUGCCUCAGACUGUGGGGUGGCCGCUGUUCUUUCUGUGAAAUCUGAGGAUGGUGUAGUGAAACCAGUAGCCUAUGCCAGUAAAAAAUUGAGUGAUACUCAAAUAAAGUAUCCAACUAUAGAAAAGGAAGCAUAUGCUAUAAUCUUUGGAAUAACUAAAUUUUAUGAAUAUUUGUUUGGACGGACAUUCGAGUUACAAACCGAUAAUGCGGCUCUAGUUACUAUAUUUGGCCCUAAAAAAGGUAUACCAAAAAUGGCAUGUAAAAGAUUACAGCACUGGGCUAUAUUCUUGUCAGGGUUUAACUACACUAUCCAACAUAUAAAAACAGAUUGCAACCCCGCAGACUAUUUGUCUCGCAACCCCACGCCAGACAAUAGUACUUUUAGCCAUCCAAUAUUAGACAGUAGUGAAUUAAGUGUGUUAAAAUUCUUGUCAUUAUCAAAUUUUGAAAAUGUAAAUUGGAAAAUGGUGGAACAAGAAACAAAAAAAUGUACUACCCUAUCAACUGUAAUGAGAUAUUGUACUGAUGGUUGGCCUGAUAAAGCAAUGUUAAAUGAAGAAUUAAAAUCUUUUUAUGAAAAACAAAAUGAAAUAAGUAUUGACCAGGGUUGCUUACUAUGGGGCACACGAGUCAUAAUUCCAAAAAGUCUACAGAAUCUAGUAAUGAACGAAUUACAUGCAAGCCAUUUUGGAAUAAAUAGAAUGAAACAAAUCGCUAGGUCAUAUUUUUGGUGGAUAACUAUAGAUAAGGAUAUCACAGAUAUAACAAAUGCAUGCAUGAUUUGUUUAGAAAACAGAAAGGCCCCCGAAAAGGUACCCCUAACGCCCUGGCCACCGGCCCAUACAGUUUGGGAGCGUUUACAUGCGGAUUUUCUUGGACCUUUCUGUGGUAAGAUGUUUUUAGUGGUGAUAGAUAGUUUUUCAAAGUGGCCAGAAGCAUAUGUGAUGUCUAAUAUAAAGGCUACUAAUACACUAAAAGUUUUUAAGUCACUAUUUGCUCGGUAUGGUUACCCGCUCCAUUUGGUGGUGGAUAAUGGGACAACGUGGACGAGUUCUGAAUUUCAAGAUUAUUUUAAAAGUAAAAAUAUAAAAAUAAGUUACACCCCACCUUAUUAUCCCGCAACGAAUGGAGCCGCCGAACGUUUUGUACAAACCUUUAAAAGCCAUGUAAAAAAAAUUAUAGCCAGUGGCAAGCCACUGGAAGACGCCAUAAAUUUAUUUUUAGUCGAUUAUCGAACAAGUGUAAAUAGAGCCACUGGUGUCAGCCCCUCGAAAUUAAUGUAUCAGCGGGAGUUGAGAACUAGAUUUUCUUUACUUAGACCACAGCCAGUAAGUGCUAGGUUGCAAAUCAAUAAUGAAAAAUUAGUAGAGUUCAGUAAGGGAAAUCGAAACGUGACUUUUGAUGUGGGGAUGAAAGUCAUGGUCAGAGAUUAUAGAGAUAAAAAACGAAAGUGGAUUGCGGGAGAGAUCAAGGAGUGUCUGACACCAGGGGCUACAUAUUUGGUAAAUGUGGAGGGGAGAGACAUAAAACGCCAUGUUAACCAAAUGUUAGCUAUAAGUAAUUAG